AUGAAGUUCUACCAGCACAUCCUUGCCUUGGCCUUUGCUGUGAAGGAGAUCAAUGAGGACUCCCAGAUCUUACCCAAUGUCACUCUGGGGUUCCAUAUCUAUGACAGUUACCACAACCCAAGGAUGACCUAUCGUACCACUCUGGACCUGCUUUUUAAAUCCCAGGAAUUUGUCCCUAACUACAAAUGUGAUAGCCAGAAGAAUCUCAUGGCUAUCAUUGGGGGACUGGAUAUUGUAACAUCAUCUUAUAUAGCUGAAAUUAUAGGAUUCUUAAAGAUUCCACAAUGGUACCAACCUGGUGACCUCGUGAUUGGAGGGAUGACGUCCCACAUCUAUUACAACCUUUUUGGUAUUGAUUUUAAGGAAUAUCCUUCUCUAACACCUUAUGACAUACCAAAUGUAAUAAUGAAGUUCUACCAGCACAUCCUUGCCUUGGCCUUUGCUGUGAAGGAGAUCAAUGAGGACUCCCAGAUCUUACCCAAUGUCACUCUCGGGUUCCAUAUCUAUGACAGUUACCACAACCCAAGGAUGACCUAUCGUACCACUCUGGACCUGCUUUUUAAAUCCCAGGAAUUUGUCCCUAACUACAAAUGUGAUAGCCAGAAGAAUCUCAUGGCUAUCAUUGGGGGACUGGAUAUUGACACAUCAUCUUAUAUAACUAAAAUUAUAGGAUUCUUAAAGAUUCCACAACUCACUUGUGGCGCAUUACCUCAGGAAGAAUUUCAGACCAGUAAGCUCUCUUCACUGUAUUUCAUGGUCCCCAAAGAGGACCAGCAGUACAUUGGGAUCAUCCAACUGCUUCACCAUUUCAGAUGGACAUGGAUUGGGAUAUUUAGUAUUGAUAAUAACAAUGGGGAAAAAUUCUUACAGAAAAUGCAGCCCUUACUUUCACAGAAUGGAAUUUGUCCAGCAUUCAUAGAAAGGCUUGGUCAAAUAUUCCACUUGGAAAACUUGCAAGAAACUUAUCUAAGAAUCUUCAUUACUUCAAUUAAUAUGUUGAGUAGCAAAUCCAAUGCAUCUCUUGUCUAUGGACAACCCUGGACAAUUAUGUGGCUAAGACUGGUAAUAUUUAUGUCAGAUCCUGAAAUCAGGGAAACUGCCUUAUUUGGAAAGGUGUGGAUCAUGACUGCAAAGAUUGAUUUUGUACUAUCAGGCGUUCAAAUCACUUCGGAUCUCAAGAUGUUUCAUGGGGCUCUUUCCUUCACCAUUCAUUCAACAGCUGUUGCAGGUUUCAGGGAAUUUCUUCAGGACAUCAAACCUCUUUCAGACUCCGGAGAUGGGUUUCGACAGGAUAUUUGGGAACAGUCAUUUGACUGUUCAUUUCCAAAGUCAGAGUUACAAGAAAUACACAGUAGGAGAUGCACUGAGGAGAUGAAGCUGGAGGAUCUUCCUGCACCUCUGUUUGAAAUGGAAAUGACUGGCCAAAGCUACAGCGUCUACAAUGCUGUUUAUGCUGUGGCUCAUGCUUUGCAGGCUCUAAACAUGUUGAGGUUCAAUAGGAGGAAAACCAUGAUGAGUAAAAACCCUGAUCUUCCACAGCUACAGCCUUGGCAGGUUCCUCCAAUUUCUCGAUGCAAUGACCCCUGUUUACCUGGAUCCUGGAAGAAAGGAAUUGAGGGGAAUCAGUUCUGCUGCUAUGACUGUGUUCCAUGCCCAGAAGGGAAAAUUUCAAACUAUAAUGAUAUGGAAGAUUGCUUUGAAUGUUCAGAAGAUCAUUAUCCAAAUAAAGAAAAGAAUGGAUGUAAACUGAAACUGCUGGUUUUCCUAACUUUUGAAGAAUCCUUAGGAAUUGGUUCAGCCUCAGCAGCUCUUGGUUUCUUCUUCUGGACCUCUUGGAUUCUUGGAAUUUUUAUUAAGAACAAAGAUACUCCCAUUGUCAAAGCCAACAACAGGUCCCUCACUUAUACCCUCCUUGUCUCUCUUCUGCUCUGUUUUCUCUCCUCUUUGCUCUUCCUCAGCCAGCCUGGAAAAGUGACCUGCCUUCUCCGACAAUCAAUGUUUGGCAUCACCUUCUCAGUGGCGAUUUCUAGUGUACUGGCCAAAACCACCACUGUAGUUGUUGCUUUCAUGGCCACUAAACCUGGAUCUCAGAUAAGGAAAUGGGUGGGGAAAAGAUUGGCUUUUUUUAUUGUCCUCUCAUGCUCUCUCUUCCAAAUAUGUAUUUGUAUUGUUUGGUUGUCGACAUCUCCCCCAUUCCCAGAGUUGGACUUGCAUUCACAGCCACAAGAAAUGAUUUUACAGUGCAAUGAGGGUUCAGCUUUCUUCUUAUACUGUGUCUUGGGCUACAUGGGUAUCUUGGCCAUUGCCAGCUUUAUUGUGGCUUUCCUUGCCCGUAAAUUACCUGACAGCUUUAAUGAAGCCAAGUUCAUCACCUUCAGCAUGUUGGCCUUUUGCAGUGUGUGGAUCUCCUUCUUUCCAGCCUAUCUGAGCACAAAAGGAAAAGCCAUGGUGGCUGUGGAGGUCUUCUCCAUCUUGGCCUCCAGCGCUGCAUUACUGGCAUGCAUAUUGCUCCCAAAAUGCUACAUCAUUGUUUUCCGUCCCGACCUCAACCACAGGGAUCAACUCACAAAGAGAAAUUAA